GCGUGGGUGCGCGCGGCGGGGAUCGGGGUCCAUCCGCUGCCGCCACCCCGCGGGGACAUGGCCGAGCCGGGACCCGGCACCGGCCGAGCCCGGGAGGAGGAGCCGGACCCCGCCGGCAAGGAGGAGGCGGCGCCGGCCCCCAAGAAGCGGCGGCUGGCGGGCGGCGAGCGGUACGUGCCGCCGCCGCGGAAGCUGAACCCCGGCGUGAGCUUCGGCGCCGAGCACUUCGCCGAGACCUCGUACUACUUCGAGGGCGGCCUGCGCAAGGUGCGCCCCUACUACUUUGACUUCCGCACCUACUGCAAGGGGCGCUGGGUGGGCCGCAGCCUCCUGCACGUCUUCGGCACCGAGUUCCGAGCGCAGCCCCUCUCCUAUUACCGCGCCGCCGCCCGCGCCGGCCGCCUGCGCCUCAACGAGGAGCCCGUGCGCGACCUGGACAUCGUGCUCAAGAACAACGACUUCCUCAGGAACACGGUGCACCGGCACGAGCCGCCGGUCACCGCCCAGCCCAUCCGCAUCCUGGCGGAGGACGAGGACGUGGUGGUGGUGGACAAGCCCUCGUCGCUGCCCGUGCACCCCUGCGGCCGGUUCCGGCACAACACCGUCAUCUUCAUCCUGGGCAAGGAGCACGGCCUGCGGGAGCUGCACACCCUGCACCGCCUGGACCGCAUGACCUCGGGCGUGCUCAUGUUCGCCAAGACCGCCGCCGUGUCCAAGCGCAUCGACGAGCAGGUCCGGCAGAGGCAGCUGGAGAAGGAGUACGUGUGCCGCGUGGUGGGGGAGUUCCCGGAGCACGAGGUGCUCUGUGAGGAGCCCAUCCUGGUGGUCUCCUACAAGGUGGGCGUGUGCCGCGUGGACGCCAAGGGGAAGCCGUGCCAGACGCUCUUCCAGCGGCUCAGCUACAACGGCAGCAGCAGCGUGGUGAGGUGCCUGCCCCGCACGGGCCGCACGCACCAGAUCCGCGUGCACCUGCAGUUCCUGGGACACCCCAUCCUCAACGACCCCAUCUACAACAUGGAGGCCUGGGGACCGGACAGGGGCAAGGGCGGCAGGAUCGGCAAGACGGACGAGGAGCUGCUGAAGGCGCUGGUGGAGGAGCAUCGCUCCAAACAGAGCCUGGAGGUCUUGGGUAUCGGGGAGGAGGACUUGAACUCUGCUGGGGAAAGUAAAGACUGUGGGAAUUCAGGUGACUGCACAAAGUCUGAUCCUGUGAAUGGGAGUUCCUGCCCUGCUGAGGACGAGAAGGAUCCGGAGAGGAAUGACGUAGCAGCUUGUCCACUGAACUCUGAUAGCAACCUGGAAACGCUUGAUAAAGACAAAGAGCUCAGUUUGUGUGGGAAUCAGGAUGGGCAGGCGGGGGAGAAGGGCUGGGAAGAGAAGGACCCUUUGUGUGUGGAGUGCAGGACGAGCAGGCGGGACCCCUCUCCCAAGGAGCUGGUGAUGUUCCUGCACGCCCUGCGCUACAAGGGCGCUGACUUUGAGUACUGCUCCAGCAUGCCCGAGUGGGCCAUGGAGGACUGGCAGGAGUGACCAGGACACCCAGCACCUGCAGGCCCUGCUGGCUGGCACAGCGGCGUGCAGAGACCAAAGACUGACUUUGCAUUGUGGCUGAGGUGAACAAAGUGUGCCUUGAGCUGGGCUGGGAGGGAUCAGUGGGGCUGGGGAAUUAUCCUGCUUCUCACAGGUGCUGUGAAGGAUGAGCAGGGAAGCAAGGCUAAAACAGGAGUUUUAUGUUGCCCUUCAGUGAACUGGCACUUAAGGACAGCAAGGACUGAACUCUGCUCAGCACAGGCAGCUUUGCCUUCACCUCAAUGGAUUCCGGAUCAAUUAUCCACGUGGAUAAUGAAGUGUAUGCACUGAAAAUCAAAAGCUGAUUUUUCUUUGAGUCUGCUGUGUUCCUGUGUCUUACAGUAAGAGCUGCUGGAUGUCAUGUCAUAAAAAACCCUGUUUUUAUUGAAUUUUGUUGUCAGAUUGAUUUCAAAAUGACAAGAUUACUCCUGAGAACACUGUGAGAU